AGCUCUCUACCGAUGAAACGGAAAAUGUAGCAAGGCAGACCGCGGAGUAUUUGCCGCAGUCUAACUUUCUAUUUGUGAAUAAGAGGUCCCGGGUUCCCUUGGUCCUCUGGCUUCUGAGGACAAAUUCCGGGCGGAUAUGAAGCAUGGUUUAAGUGAAGCCGUUCCAGAGGCUGCGCGCAUAUGACUUCGCAAUCAUAUGCCUCUCGCUAGGCCUUAUACCUUUCCACACGGAGAUCUCACGAAUAUCAAUAUCAUGGUUGUGGAAGUAUCCGUCUCACAGGUAUUCAUGAUUGGGAAGCGUCUGGCUAUUUUCCCUGUCUGGUGGGAGUAUGUCUGUACCUCAGGGACUGACUCGAGGAGGAUCGGGAAUUAUAGUGCUGCGCGCAAAGUUCUAGCGAGAUUACUAGUAUCACUGCCGGGAUCUCAUGCAUGAAAGCGCGAUAGGAUUUCUAGAGACGAACAGUGAGACCGCAUAGAAUCUCUUCACGAAUGUUUCUUACUUAUUGUUAGUGUAUCUUGCAAAAGGCCUCCUUGCGUUCUCCUUGACAUAUGAUAUGAUAGAGUAG